AUGACGAGCCGUCGCCGUGACAUGCGACAGCACCUGACUUUCCCGCCAUCAUGCCUCCUUAUCCUCUGCCCCGCGGCAUCCACGUGUCGUGCGUGUCUUCCGCCUAUGUUCUCGGCAGCAGCAAACGGCUCCCCUCCGAACCCUUUUUGGGAGAUCGACUUCGACUGGCUGAGUAACGAGAACCAAAUCGCCAUGACGCGAUUCGCCGUGGCGCAGCACAACGCCGCCAAGCAGAACGAGGCCAUGACGAGUCACUCCCUUCCCUUCAUUCUUCAACGCUUCCCCUUUUCUUCUCCCCGUCUCCCCUUCCCCCUUCUCCCCUUCUCUCCUUCUAUUUUCCCCUUCUCCCCUACUCCCCUUCUCUUCUCCCCUUCUUCCCUUCUUCCCUUCUUCCCUUCUUCCCUUCUUCCCUUCUUCCCCUCCUUCUUCCCUUCUCUCCGUCUCCCCUUAUCCUCCCCGUCUCUCGCCUCUCUACGUCAGAACGACAGCCUACAGCCAGUCGGAGUUCUCUAUGUGGAGCGCGCAGACAUUGCCAGCACAGGCAAUGGCAGCGCAGGCAACUCAAGCGCGGGCGGGGAGGAGUACCUUGUGACACUGGCGGCUCUCAACCUGCUGCGUGGCCGCACUGCCGUAUUCGACGCCCUCCUCUCCCGCCGCCCUCUCGUGGCCGCACAAUCCGCGCUCCCUGCUGCUGCCCCUCCACCAGCAGCAGCAGCAACUGCACCCACCUAG